AUGCAUCCUCACCCGCCGUCGCGUGCGCGUGCCAUGCUCGUCGUCCUCGCCGUCUUCGCUCUCGCUCUGACCGCGUCCGUCGACGCGUCGUCGUACGACAAGCGUGCGAUGCGAGAGACGGAACACAAAGAUUCUCCGACUACGGUCGCACGCGCGCGGUUCCUCGCGUAUACCUGGGGCAUCGGCGGCGAUCGAGUGGGUCGACCGUCGAACGACGCACCGACGCCGCCCGGGGCGGUGGAACUCGAGUCGAGCGCGGGCGACGUCUUAGCGAUCGCGGCGAGCGGGCACACGGCGGUGGCGACGUCGAGCGGGCGUCUGUACACCGCCGGACGGAACGAUUCAAGCGGCGGUGGGGGACACGGCUCGGCGGCGAUCGAUGACAGUGGACAGUUGGGACGUCAGGGAGCGCUCGGGGCGCUCGGUCGCGUGGAGGGAGCACUCGAGAAGGAGUCCGUGGUGAGCGUGGCGUGCGGGCGGUACCACACGACGUGCGCGACGGCGAGCGGACGCGUGUACUCGUUCGGUUUGAACGAUGUCGGACAGCUUGGGACGAGUGGUGUCAUGGGUAAGGCGCCAGAUGCGAAGAAGCGAUGCGAUAGCGGUGGGAAUUGCGACGGUUUAGAGCGAGACGCGAAGGCGCUCGCGGGUGAAGGAGAGAGCUGCUUCGGCGGAGCGGCGUGUAGGUCCGGGACACCGAGUCUGGUGACAUUUCCAGAGGGUACCGGGCGCAUUAAGAGUGUCGCUGCGGGUAGGUACACGAGCGCGGCCGUGACGACCGACGGCAGGGUCUUUGUGUGGGGACUGAACGCGUGCGGGGGCGCGAAAGGUGGCAGACAGUCGUUACUCGACGAUGCCCGAGCCGCCUCGACGCCGCGACCGAUCGACGGCGUACGCGAAGUCGAGUUUUUGGAUAUUGGAUACACGAGCAUGAUAUUUCUCACGAAAACAGGUGAAGUUUUCACGUGUGACACUGGGUUCGAUGGCUACGCGAGAGUCGCCGAGAAAUCGGACGAGAGCAUCACGCCGCAUCCGACGUUCGCCAACGACCACGCAAUCGAUGUCGCCGCGGGACGAUGCCACUUCGCGAUCGCGACAAAAUCGGGCGCUCUCUUCACGUGGGGCUGCAAAGCGCUUGGUCGUGAGGGGAGCACCGAAAAGCCCGCCCGCGUCGUCGGCGACUUGUCUUCGCGGCGCGUCGUCUCCGUCGCUGCCGGCGAGUAUUUCACCCUCGUCACCACCAUGGACGGUGAAAUCUACGGCGCGGGCUCGAACGGGAACGGUCAACUCGGGACGGCACCCGAGUCAACGACGGAGUACGCGACGUUUGAGCGCGUUUCGCUCGGCACGCAAGCGGGCGACGCGCUCGCCGUCGCCGCGGGCUACCAACACUCCAUCGCCAUCGUCGCCGCGUCGACGUAA